AUGGUCAUGGAUGACGCUGACGACUGCUUCAUGCGACUGAGCCGCACAGAUCAUCCUGUAUGUGUAGUGUACACAGAGUACGUAUGUACGUACUCAAAAACUCCGGAGGUUGACUCCCGCUAUAACAUUCCCACUAGUGUCACUGGUACCGAGCAAACUCCGAUUCUGGUUGAAGGGAGCCCGGGCUUGCGGGCGCGCAGCGAUGCGCAGAGCGGGAGGCGGUUGGGGGUGGACAAUUAUCGUAUGAUAUCGACGUAA